GGUAGUAGGCUAUUUCAGUUUCCGAGUUCCAGCUCUAAGCGUUUCUAAUUCUAACAAGGCUCUUCGUUAGGCUUUUUUACUUCGUGAUGAAGCGAAACCAAAACACGAGGAUUGGGUCCAUUGUCGUCCACCCAAAAAAAUUAAAAACACAAAAAUAACAUACCGUACCGUAGAAGGAAUCGGAUCGGAUCGAUAUUGGACACAGAAUUUCGGGACCUUUUGCCCGUUCCUUCAUUCCCUCUCACGUCCCACGACAACCUUUUCUGGAACAACACUGCUCCGCGACUCACCCAUCGACCCAUUGCGCGACGGACACAAACCCGAGCCUACACCAUGGCGGAACCGACACAAGAACCACCCGCCGUGGCACCGGCGCAUGCAAAGAAGAGAGAGAAACUCCUCCCCGUCACGCUGAUCAGUGGCUUCCUCGGUGCCGGCAAGUCGACCCUCCUGAGGAACAUCCUCGAGGCCAAGAAGGCCGACGACGAAUCCUUCCGCUGCGCCGUCCUGGUCAACGACAUGGCCGAGCUCAACAUCGACACGAGCCUCAUCGCGGCCUCGGGCCUGGUGAGGUCCGACGAGGUCGUCUCGAUGCAGAACGGAUGCGUCUGCUGCAACCUCAGCGGGGACCUCAUCGAGCAGAUCGUGGGCCUCGCCUCGAACCGGGAGACGCCCUUUGACUACCUCGUCAUCGAGGCAUCGGGGGUCUCGGAGCCGGCGGCCAUCGCGGCCCUCUUUGAGGAUUGCCACGAGGACGACGACGACGACGACCACCACCACCAGCACGGCGAGCACGAAGCCGGGGGGCCGACCAGCCUCGGGAGCGUGGCGCGGAUGGACACCAUUGCCACGGUCGUCGAUUCCGCCGAGUUCCUCCAGAACCUGGAAGGCAUGGACGAUCCGGACCGGGGCGCCGACUACCCGCGGCUGCUGGUCGACCAGGUGGAGUGCUCGAACGUCGUCCUCCUCAACAAGACCGACCUGGUCAGCGAGCCCCAGCUGAGAGAGGUCCGGGACAAGGUCACCCUCCUCGCACGGGAGGGCGUCAGGGUCCUGGCCUGCCAGAACGCGGACGUCGACGUCAAACACGUUCUCGACACGGGGCUCUACCGAUCGGGAGACUUUGACCUCUCGAAGUUUGUCGAGCGUUUCGCAAGCGGGAACGACGAAAAACCCAAGGCCUGCUGCAAGAAGGCCGAGGCCAGGGGGGAGUCCCCCUGCUGCAAGCGGGCCCGGACGAUCGACUCGGGGAAAUCCCGGGUCCUCUUGCCCUCGAAAAAGGUGGGCAAGACGCGGCACGGCGAAGACUACAAGAUCACCUCCUUUGUCUACAAGGCCAGGCGUCCCUUUGCCCCGGGGAGGUUCUUCGAGCGCUUCGUCGAUGCCUUUUUCGUUAUGGAAGAGGAUCCGGACGAAGAGGAAGACGACGGCGACGACGAGGACGACGAAGCAGGCACCGAGACCGACGUCGAUCCGCCCCCGAAGAAGAAACCAAGGUCCGGGAGCGGCGAUGAGGGAGCAGCGACCGGCACCGACGAAACCAACGAGGAGUCCUCUCCCCCGCCCCCGGAGGAAGCCGACGGUGCGGUCCGAGCGAUGCAGGAAACCGGAGCCGCCAGGAAGGCCAAGCGGACGGAGGCCCUGGGCUCCCUCCUGCGCGCCAAGGGCUACCUGUGGCAGGCCAACUCGCACGACCUGGUCGGCUACAUCAGCACCGCGGGGAACGCGGCCCGCCUCGAGACGCUGGGCCGGUGGAAGUGCCUCGAGCCGUCGUCCUAUCCCCCCGCAAGGGCCCCGGAAAGUUCAAAAGCGGACCGCGGAACCUGGGUGGCCCCGUACGGCGACCGGCGGCAGGAACUCGUCUUCAUCGGCCAGGACCUCAAGCACGUGGAGCUCCAGCGGCUCCUGGACGAGUACCUCUUGUCCGACGAAGAGAUGGCCCUUGGCGUCGAUGGGUGGAAGGCCACCUUUGGCGACAUAAUGCUCGAUGCGUAGUGGGUAGACCCGUGGGUGGAACGGAACAACGUGGAAUGGAAGUGGCUGGCGAGUUGGCGGGUGGCUUUGGUUGGGUCCGAGCGGAAGAGCCACCUGUCGUUUGUCAGCCUGCACGGCAAUUGAUCCUUUAUUGCAUUGACAUUUUUAGUGGCAUUGCGCUCCCAUGAUUUUAGCUGUUUGGAAUCUAUCUACGUGGUCGGAGAACAAAUCACCCGGCCGAGUUGGUUGCGUUUGGUCACGGGUGCACGAUGGCAUUCGAUUCGACCGAGAGCAAUCAAAGGUUUCCAGCGUG